GUAACAUAUCAAUUCUCAGAGCGUAAAUUGCAAUACUCGUAGACAAUCUGUGUGAAGCAACGCCAUUGAUCAACCACGUCUGAGACUGCCAUCUCACACGGAGACAGAGAGGAAACGUACAGGGUGGCAUUUGCCUCCUCUGCAAGCAAUUGAAACACACAACCAGUGACUAUCCACCCGAAGAAAACCACACCCCCUCCUCCCCCAACACAGAUACAGACACUCAAAAGGAGAGGGCGGCAGAGAUAGCAUAUGCUUAGGGAUGCAUAAAUUCCCGUCAACAAUGAUCCACCUUAGUCUUUGCACAACCUCUUUCGAUCUUAUUAUAUAUAUCCUUCCCUCUUCCCUUUUCUUUUAAUUUUCUGUACCAAAACAAAAACUAAGUGUGAAGAAAACUAACAUCUCCGGGUGGAUUACUUUUCCGUUCUCUUUGUUUUCCUGAACACAACAGAAAGGGAACUUCGCAACUCUAAGCCAGCUUAUAAGUAUAUAAUUGUCCCUCUCUCUCUCUCAAUUAUAACAAUGUCCAGGUCCAGGUCCAGCUACAGCAUAGCAGCUAUUGCCUUGUCCAUAGAGAGAACUUUUCAAGGUAGUCAACAGAGUUUUGCACCUUGAAAAUUCUCUUAGUUGAUAGAUCCCACGGUACAAAGGUUCCAGGAUGGCUGCCAGCUUCUAUUAUUGGAAUGAUUGCGUUGAUGUCCAGGACAUGGAAGCAAUGUGGCGGGAACCUGAAGUUAGCACGGAAUGGUUAGAUGCUGGAGAGACUAAAGGAAAUAAAGUUCACCUUUCACGGGAUCCUGAUGGAGAGCCUUAUUUGACGCAGACUGAGAUGAAGGCUGUUGCUGAUAUUAUUGUCCGUAGACAUUUUGAUUCACAAGUACACCCGGACAUGAUAUGUGCUAUAGCUGAACUUGCAAGUGACAGACAGCCCCUCUCUACGAGGUGGUAUGAUAAAAAAACAAAGGAAACAGCCCUGGGGAUCAUGCAAAUUUUACCAAAAACAGCAGAGUGGCUGGUCAGAGACUUAGGUUAUCGGGCGUAUGAAGUAGAAGGGAAUCCAGAAAUGCUUUGUCGACCUUUUGUUAGCGUUUAUUUUGGUGCUGCUUAUCUUAAAUGGCUAUCGAACUUUGAGAAAAAAGUAAGAAGUGAAGAGUUCAUAGUUAGGGCGUAUGACGGCGGCCCUAAAAAAGCAACCCACAAAUCGACUUUGCCAUAUUGGAAAAGAUACCUUUGUGUCAAAGAAAGUCUCCCAUCCAGAAGGUUUGUCAGUCCUUCAGUAAACAGUGCUUGUUCUUCAACUGCUCCAGCUGCACCUUCUUCACAAGACACAGGUUUUGUUUAUAUAUACUGGGACUCUAAAGCUUCCCUGGAAGACAUGCAAGAGAUGUGGAGUCAUUCUGAAGUCGCAGAGGAGUGGACAAAUUCUGGAGAAAAAAGAGGAAAGGUGCGCUUUUCACAUGAUCAGAACAAGAGACCUUAUCUAUCCCGGGUAGAAAUGAAGGCUGUUGCAGACAUAAUUCUUUCAAAGCACUUCAGCACAAGGGGUGUUAAGCCUUCAGUCCUUUGUGCUCUUGCUGAGAUGGUUAGCAUGCGUUUUGUUAACGGGGUUGGACCGCGAACUGGAUUAAUGGGGAUCGACUACUCUACAGCUUUCUGGCUUUACAUGGAGUUGGGUUAUAGGGCUUACAGAGUAGAUUCUGUUGACGAUAUGACCAAGCCAUUUGUGUCUGUGUACUUCGGUGCAGCUUAUUUGGCUUGGUUAUCCGAAUAUGAAGGGAGGGAAAGAACUCCACAGUUUGUCGUUCCAGCUUAUCUUUCUGGGCCAAAGAACGUGAACCGUCAAGAGUCUGGUCCCCUUUGGCUCAAAUUCGAGCAAGCUUUGAGCAAUUACGAAGACAUAAAGAGGGAUCCUGGAAAUUGCACCAUCUUGUAAGCAGUAAGCUGACCAACGAAAUGAAACCAUCGUUCAAGUUGUAUUGACUCGUUAUACAAGAGCAAUGAAAUGAGUGUAAACUUCUUUUGUGUGGAAUUAAGUUAGCAAAUACGAGGGCAGAUCCAAGCAUUAGGGAGAAGAAAGACUAGCUGUAGCUUCUUCUGUCCUUUAUUGGCCUCCUAUACAGUGGAUUGAGUAAUCAAACAAUCAUAUAAGAUGCCGUGUGAAAAUGUGAUCUGCAUUUGCUGUUUUGGCUUAUUCUUAGAAUGCUUUACAGGAGCUGUCAGUGGCGCUUCAACUGGUUUUAUAGUUAGAGCCUGCGGUGUAUUGGAAGACGAUAGGAAUCGUAUUCAGAAUGUAUAGAUACGCCGUGACUGACAAGUCAGCACAAUUUGUAAAGACUUGGCUUCGUUUGGAAUGAUCACACUAACUUAAAAUAAAGAUUUUUACUUAUUCUA